AUUAAUUUAUAUCAGCAGCAUACCACUGUCGGCUACAUACCUCUCUCUGUUCAGUUGUCAUCACGUACAUCGCGUCAAUCUGUACCAAUGCAGAAGCACCAACGACUUUUUCACUUAACGUCGUAAAGAGAGAAAGUGCUUUUUUUUCUUCUCUUUUUCCUCUCUUUACCUUUUGCGGGAAUACCUCUUGGUUUGCCCAACUAUUACAACAUCAUCAUGAUCUGUUCCGUCUGUAAGAAGACCUUCGAACUGCUCAUCAGCCUCGCUAGGUCCCCUUCGUCAGCCCGAGUAUACCCAAAGGGUCCUCCAGAUGCAUCUCAUCACGGGGAUAUCGAAAGCUUCAAAUCGUCCCUCGAACAAAAGUGCUAUGUUUGUACAGCGAUGUGGGAGUCGCUAAAACCUGGUGAACGUAAGGAUUGGGAGAAUACAUGGAUGAAUCGGGUUUGGGACGAUGAUCCCAAGUCGGUGUCUGUUGCCAGUAUUGGGGUGACGACCCCUUCGGCACACCUUGGAUAUGAUCAAGAUUAUACAAUUUGCCUACGUCUUUAUCUUUCGCCGGGACCUCUGGGUGAAAUUCCCAAGAUUUUGACCCAAACGUUCUUCCUCCUUGAGCCACCAAUCGCUCAAAGAUCCUCACGUAGGAAACGCUUGAGGAAACUUUUCUUGGAGCGUACCGAAGAACCGGAGUCAGCCCUUACUCGUCCGGUACUUGGCCUUACCACAGCUGCUUCCUUGGACUUAGCCAAGAGUUGGGUUAACAAUUGCGUUGCCCACCACGCUCAGUGUAAAAUCUAUGCCAAUCAAGUCACCUGGCUCCCCACACGGCUUCUUUACUUCACAGCAGGCACUGUCCAACUGAUAGAGACCAAGGAGACCAAGCCCACUACCCCCUACAUGACCCUCACUCACCGUUGGGGCUUCGCCGAUGAGGAGAAGAUGAUGCUCAACAAAAGAACCUAUCCAUCCCUGAGAGGAGGUAUAUCUCUCUCGUCAAUGCCCAAGCUCUUCCAGGAAGUCAUCAAUGUCGCCCUCCAUCUCGGCGUGAAUUACAUCUGGAUAGACGCCUUGUGCAUCUUUCAAGACAAGGACGACCAAACUGACUGGCACCAAGAAGCCAGCCAGAUGCAAAAAGUCUACUCCAACUCCUUCUGCAAUAUCUCCGCCGCCGACGCCACCUCCUGCUCCGAUACGCUUUUCAGCCAGCCUCGGAACCCAGAGGAAGAAAUCCUCCCGCAGACAAUCUACCUCAACCUCGUCCCUGCCUCUCCAUACUCAGUCUCCUCUAUCUCCUCCCAGUCGAGUUCUUGCCUCCCGUCCUCCAUCGUGGCCCGUCUCGUAUUCCCAAAACUCGCAUACACCGCAAAGACCAGACCCAAAACGAGAAUCGAAUCCUUCACUCUCACCGACCUCUCCCUCUGGUCCAACCAAGUCUCCCAGGCGCUCGUCAACACCCGCGCCUGGGUGCUCCAGGAACGCGUGCUCGCGCCUCGUGUCCUCCACUUCGGCCGCCGCCAGCUAUUCUGGGAGUGUCGCUGUUCGGAAGCCUGCGAAGCUUUUCCAUUUGGUGAUUUACCGUCGCGGAUGAUUAGUGGGGAGGAGGCAGGCCUCUCCUUCCCCUCAGAUAAACUCAUCGCCAUCUCCGGCCUCGCCAAGCUUUUCCAAUCUUUAGCAAAGAGAGACGACUAUCUGGCCGGUCUAUGGCGCCACCGGCUAGAGGCGGAGCUCCUCUGGGUUAACACCUCCACUCAAUACUUCGGAGCGAAACCGGCAACAAAACGACCAGAAAGAUACAGGGCACCCAGUUGGUCCUGGGCAUCUAUUGACGGCCCUUUGGUACCCGGUUUACCAACAGAAGUUCAGGAUCACUUGUUCAUGAUACGAGUGGAGGAUGUGCAGCUGAGUUAUUUAACGGAGGAUAAGACGGGGGAAGUAACGGGUGGUUGGUUGCGCUUGAGGGGGAGGUUGUUGGAGACGGAGCUUGUGCGCGUUUCUGAUACAGAUGGGGCGCUUUGGUGGAUGGUUAAGUUGGAGGGGGUUAGUAUGUUUGAUGAGGGGGCGCUGCCGAACCCGGGGAUCUUGGACCCGAGGGUUUGUUUGGAUGUGGUGCAGGACGAUUUCAAGAGGGAGAAAGAGGAGGGGUUGGUGUUUAGCAUGGUGGCUAAGACGGGGGGCAGGAGUACGGGAGGGAAUAUGUACAUGUUGCUGUUCAAGUUGGUCGAUAGGGAGAAGGGAGUGUAUCAGAGAUUGGGGAUCAUGGUGGUGGCGGGAGACGCGAUGAAGAGGAGGGUGUUAGAGGUGCAAAGAGGCUUGGACAAGCCUAGGUUGCCGUGCGUGGAGCUGCAUGAGGAUGGUCAGCAUUCUAUCAUUGUUAUCUGA